AUGGAAAAAAAUUGCACAACAUUUAAGAAAAUUAAGUUGCCACCAUUUAAUCCACCUCCUGCAGCAAAUUCAAUGUUAGGCCAUGCCACACUCAAGCACACACUCUGCCAUAUAAAGGGAGAGACUCUAGACUCUAAUCUAGAGUCUACUCUAGACUGUAAUCUAGAGUCUAUUCUAGACUCUAAUCUAGAGUCUACUCUAGACUCUAAUCUAGAGUCUAUUCUAGACUCUAAUCUAGAGUCUACUCUAGACUCUAAUCUAGAGUCUACUCUAGACUCUAAUCUAGAGUCUACUCUAGACUCUAAUCUAGAGUCUACUCUAGACUCUAAUCUAGAGUCUACUCUAGACUCUAAUCCAGAGUCUACACUAGACUCUACUCUAGACUCUAAUCUAGAGUCUACUCUAGACUGUAAACUAGAGUCUACUCUAGACUCUAAUCUAGAGUCUACUCUAGACUCUAAUCUAGAGUCUACUCUAGACUCUAAUCUAGAGUCUACUCAAGACUCUAAUCUAGAGUCUACCCUAGAUUCUAAUCUAGAGUCUACUCUAGAGUCUACUCUAGACUCUAAUCUAGAGUCUACUCUAGACUCUAAUCUAGAGUCUAUUCUAGACUCUAAUCUAGAGUCUACUCUAGACUGUAAUCUAGAGUCCACUCUAGACUGUAAUCUAGAGUCUACUCUAGACUGUAAUCUAGAGUCUACUCUAGACUGUAAUCUAGAGUCUACUCUAGACUCUAAUCUAGAGUCUACUCUAGACUCUAAUCUAGAGUCUACUCUAGACUGUAAUCUAGAGUCUACUCUAGACUGUAAUCUAGAGUCUACUCUAGACUGUAAUAUAGAGUCUACUCUAGACUGUAAUCUAGAAUCUACUCUAGACUCUAAUCUAGAGUCUACUCUAGACUCUAAUCUAGAGUCUACUCUAGACUCUAAUCUAGAGUCUACUCUAGACUCUAAUCUAGAGUCUACUCUAGACUCUAAUCCAGAGUCUACACUAGACUCUAAUCUAGAGUCUACUCUAGACUCUAAUCUAGAGUCUACUCUAGACUCUAAUCCAGAGUCUACACUAGACUCUACUCUAGACUCUAACCUAGAGUCUACUCUAGACUGUAAACUAGAGUCUACUCUAGACUCUAAUCUAGAGUCUACUCUAGACUCUAAUCUAGAGUCUACUCUAGACUCUAAUCUAGAGUCUACUCUAGACUCUAAUCUAGAGUCUACUCUAGACUCUAAUCUAGAGUCUACUCUAGACUCUAAUCUAGAGUCUACUCUAGACUCUAAUCUAGAGUCUACUCUAGACUCUAAUCUAGAGUCUAAUCUAGAGUCUAAUCUAGAGUCUAAUCUAGAGUCUACUCUAGACUCUAAUCUAGAGUCUGCUCUAGACUCUAAUCUAGAGUCUACUCUAGACUCUAAUCUAGAGUCUACUCUAGACUCUAAUCUAGAGUCUACUCUAGACUCUAAUCUAGAGUCUACUCUAGACUCUAAUCUAGAGUCUACUCUAGACUCUAAUCUAGAGUCUACUCUAGACUCUAAUCUAGAGUCUACUCUAGACUCUAAUCUAGAGUCUACUCUAGACUCUAAUCUAGAAGUCUACUCUAAUCUAGAGUCUACUCUAGACUCUAAUCUAGAGUCUACUCUAGACUCUAAUCUAGAGUCUACUCUAGACAGUAAUCUGGAGUCUACUCUAGACUGUAAUCUGCAGUCUACUCUAGACUGUAAUCUGGAGUCUACUCUAGACUGUAAUUUAGAGCCUACUCUAGACUGUAAUCUAGAGCCUACUCUAGACUGUAAUCUAGAGUCUACUCUAGACUCUAAUCUAGAGUCCACUCUAGACUCUAAUCUAGAGUCCACUCUAGACUCUAAUCUAGAGUCUACUCUAGACUCUAAUCUAGAGUCCACUCUAGACUCUAAUCUAGAGUCUACUCUAGACUCUGAUCUAGAUUUUACUCUAGACUCUAAUCAAGAGUCUACUCUAGACUCUAAUCUAGUGUCUACUCUAGACUCUAAUCUAGAGUCUACUCUAAUCUAG